AUGCCCCGGGGAAGGCGCGGCAGUCGAGUGAGAGCACUGGAGGGCGGCGUGGAGGAAGAGGCGCCCCCGGCGGCGGCCGCUGCGGUGCCCUCGGCGCUGUUGCCGUCUCCGCAGCAGCCAGCCGCCGAGCAGAUCCUGCUUCGGGGCAUCUUCGAGAUUGGGAGGGGCAGCUGCGAUGUCGUGCUGAGUGAACGGGCCCUGAGGUGGCGGCCUAUCCUGCCCGAGCGCCCCGCGGGUGAGUGCAGGUCUGAUUUGCUCCAUAAAGAAGAAUUUAUUGAGCUCAAGGACAUAUUCUCUGUGAAACUGAAGCGACGUUGUUCUUCUAAACAGCAAAAUGGCACUUUACUAGGAAUCACCCUUUUCAUAUGCUUGAAAAAGGAACAAAACAAACUGAAAGAUUCUACAAUCGAUCUAAUUAAUUUGAGUGAAGAUCACUGUGACUUAUGGUUUAGACAGUUCAAAAAACUUUUGGCAGGCUUUUCAAGUAGACCAAAGUCAUUAAAAAUCCUCCUUAACCCCCAAAGCCACAAAAAAGAAGCUACUUACAUCUACCAGGAAAAGGUUGAACCUCUACUGAAGCUUGCGGGGAUAAAAACUGACGUAACAAUAACAGAAUAUGAAGGCCAUGCUCUGUCACUGCUUAAAGAAUGUGAACUUGAAGGAUUUGAUGGAGUUGUCUGUGUUGGAGGAGAUGGAUCUGCCAGUGAAGUUGCCCACGCUUUGCUUCUUAGAGCCCAGAAGAAUGCCGGCGUGGACACAGACUGCCUCCUGACCCCAGUCAGGGCACAGCUUCCUCUCGGAGUAAUACCCGCAGGCUCUACUAAUGUAUUAGCACACUCUCUUCAUGGAGUCUCUCAUGUGGUAACUGCAACUUUGCACAUUAUAAUGGGACACAUACAACCAGUUGAUGUCUGUACCUUCAGCACCACUGGCAAGCUUCUUCGUUUUGGAUUCUCAGCCAUGUUUGGUUUUGGUGGAAGAACUCUGGCUGUGGCGGAAAAAUAUCGAUGGAUGUCCCCUGGUCAACGGAGAGAUUUUGCUGUAAUUAAGUCACUGGCAAAACUUAAGCCAGAAGACUGUGAAAUAUCAUUUUUACCAUUGAAAAAAUCUCAAGAUUUUCAAGAAGGGGGAGCACAGAGGUCUCCCAAAUCUGACAAUAAUGAUCAAUGGCAAAUGAUCCAGGGUCAGUUCUUGAAUGUCAGCAUUAUGGCAAUUCCUUGCCUGUGUUCUGUAGCACCGAGAGGCUUGGCACCUAAUACCAGAUUAAAUAAUGGAAGUAUGGCUCUUAUCAUUGUAAGAAACACUUCUCGUCAAGAAUUUAUAAAACAUUUGAAAAGAUAUGCCAGUGUGAAAAAUCAGUUCAAUUUUCCAUUCGUUGAAACUUACACUGUUGAAGAAGUAAAAGUGGAACGAAAGCAUAGUAUCAGUGGACACAAUCCAGAAGAGAAAAAUGAACCUUAUGAAAUUGCUCUAGAAAGCAGUUUCCCUUGGAAUGUCGAUGGUGAUUUAAUGGAAGUAGCAUCAGAAAUUCAUGUUAGAUUACAUCCAAGACUUAUUUGUCUUUACGGAGGAGACAUGGAAGAAAUGAAUGACUUCAAAGUAACCUUUAUUUUCCCUCGAGGAGCAAUCAGCUUGGAUUUCUCACCUGCAUUAUGGCAUGAUAAGAUUUGGAAGUGCACUGGAGUUUUGGCAAAAUUCAUUUUUUCUUUUUUUGGUGAGCGUGCUUAA